GACAGUUAUACCUCGCCUUCUCCCAGCAACAGUCUUUCCGGUUUCACCGCCAUCAUAGACAGUAGACAUGGCUAUACGUUACCCCAUGGCUGUUGGCCUUAAUAAAGGCCAUCCAGUAACCAAAAAUGUGACUGCUCCUAAACACAGCCGCAGACGCGGGCGUUUGACCAAACACAGCAAGUUCAUUCGGGACAUGAUCCGUGAAGUGUGUGGCUUUGCUCCGUAUGAGAGGCGAGCGAUGGAACUGCUGAAGGUGUCUAAGGACAAGAGAGCUCUCAAGUUUAUCAAGAAGAGGAUUGGCACACACAUUCGGGCCAAGAGGAAGAGAGAGGAGCUGAGUAACGUCCUAGCGGCCAUGAGAAAGGCUGCUGCCAAGAAAGAGUAGUCUGCCACCUAAUAAAAACUUGUUCAGUACAAAA